AUGAAGUUCCGUCUCUCGCUUCUCAUAACAUUUGCCGCGUUCUCUGCCCAAGCAGCAAGUGAUGGCGCAGAUGGACCCCUCUGUGACAAGUCUGCUACUAAGACUGCCACCUACCUGAACUCCAAAGUUCCACGAGAAAAGAGAGUCAAGGAUCUUCUCUCUCGCAUGUGCUGGGAGGAAAAGGUGGCACAAAUUGGUGGGGUUGGCGGAAUACUUGGCCAGAAUUCCAAGCUCGAUGUCAAAGAUUAUCGCGAGAAGGCACAGAUGCACAAUGGCACCAUCUCACCCGGGUCGUACCUUAACUACGCUGAUGAAGCGGUACCGGUGCUUUCAGGCCUGAUUGUUUCGUCUAAGAAGGAGCACCGUCUGGGAAUCCCAUAUGUUCACAUUGCCGACGCGGUGAACGGCCCUACGCUCCGCGGGACCACUCUAUUUCCUUCAACCCUAUCAUUGGGCAUGUCAUGGAACCUUCCCCUCUAUACAGAGGUCGCAGCGGUGAUACGGGAUGAACUUAUGGCGUGUGGCAUCAACUGGGUGCUUUCUCCUGAAGUUGAUGUAGCACGCGAUCCUAGAAACGGCCGCAUUGGUGAAAUGUAUGGAGAGGACCCGUGGAUGAAUGGGGAAUACGCAGCCGCCUACAUCUCAACCAUGCAAGAGGAAGACGCGCAAGGUUUCAUGAAGGUCGCAACUACCAUCAAACACUACCUCUAUGGUACAUCCACUGGCGGCGUCAACCAGGCGUCGAUGCUCGGUGGCCCUAACCACAUCUACAACAUCCUUGCUCUUCCUUACAUUAACGUCCUGAAGAAGGUUAUGCCAGCCAGUGUUAUGCCGUCAUACGCGACCAUUGAUGGAGUACCCGCUCACAGUAACUCGUACUUACUCCAGGAUCUCCUGCGAGAUCAGUUUGGUUUUGAUGGAGUCAUUGUGUCGGACGCCGAUGCCAUUGCCAUGUUGUAUUUGACACACCACACGGCGACCACCCUCAACGAUGCCGGCAUCAAAUCACUGGCCGCAGGGGUGGAACUAGAGCUCGCGAUUGGAUUCCCUACUGGCUUCGAGUCUUUGGUUGGCAACAGCAGCAUCAAGAGUGUUGUAGCCAAUGUCAACCAGGCCGUGAGCCGGAUACUCGAUCUCAAGUUCAAGCUAGGGCUUUUUGAUAAGUCACUGGAAGCGGACACCAAGGCUCUCAAGACAUUGCGAAACCAGAAGCACCUGAAGGUCAACGAGCAAAUCAGCAGCGAAUCGAUUGUAUUGCUCAAGAAUGAUGGGGUUCUGCCUUUGGACUCAGCUACGAAGGUCGCCGUUCUUGGUCCAUUGGCUUCUGUCAUCAACACUGGAACCUACGCCGCUUGGACGAACAAGGAGAACGGUAACAACACGUUCCUAGAUGCGAUUCAGGACGAGUUCGGGACUGAAAAUGUCGAAUACGUCCAAGGCGUCGACAUCGUCGACACUGACGACGCUGACAUCGACUCGGCAGUUGCGGCCGCGGAGGCGGCCGGGCUGGCUAUCAUUGUGCUUGGCUCUGUUGCUGUGGGCUGGGAGGAUAGUCUUGUUGGAGAUCGCACAGAUGGAGAAGGAAAUACUCAUGCCUCCCUCAAACUGCCGGGGCGCCAGGAGGAGCUUCUGAAAGCAGUUACGGCAACUGGAGUUCCCACGGUCUUGAUCCUAACUGGCGGCCAAGCAUUCGAGUUGUACGACACCGCUCAAGAUGCUAAGGCAAUCCUCCACUGCUUCCACAGCGGCGAGAUGACAGGACGUGCAUUAGUCGACAUAAUCACUGGACGGGUUAACCCCAGCGCCAAGCUGACCAUCACCUUUCUGGCUCGCUCGGAAGUGAACCCUGUCUACUACAACCGGGAGCAGAGUGACUGGCAGGGCGCAGGUGCGAUCCAGUUCCCAUAUCUUGAGAAGAACUACCUGUACCCCUUUGGCUACGGAUUGAGUUACACGACCUUUGAAUUCACCAACGCGAGGUUAGGUAAGUCGACUUACGGUACUAAGGACACGGUAUCCGUUACAGUGACGGUCUCCAACACGGGGAAAAUGGACGGCAAAGAAGUUGUCCAGGUCUAUUUUAAACAGAACGUGGCGCCACUCUCACUCCCCAUCAAGCGUCUCAUCGGCUUCGCUAAAGUCUAUAUCGCUGCUGGCGAGUCAAAGACUGUUGAGAUCAAGAUUCCAGUCAAGGAGCUGGGAUACUGGCUUGACGGCGACUACAGGGUGGACAAGGGCACAUAUCAGUUCUAUGUGGGAGAUAGCUCGGCUGACAACUCGCUGUCUGAUCCGCUUACUGUCGCGAUUUCUUGA